GAAGAAAAAGGUUAAGACUUUAUCUUCUACUUUGACCCGACCAGCCAAAGUAAAUUGAAAGAAAGAGCCAAAAAGCUUAGCGGUUGAUUUUGAAAUCUCGUCGCCGGCGCGUGGAGUGUAUUUUUCGGCGUUAAACAAUAGAAAGAGAAGAGAUUUGUGGUGUUCUUCUGCUUAGUUUGAUAUUAUCCAUCUCCGGCGAUCUGAGUUAGUGAGAGAUUUGGUGGAGAAUUUUGAUUGAUUUGUGAUCGAAGAGUAUAGAGAUGGUGAAGGAAACGGAGUACUACGAUGUGCUCGGAGUUAGCCCAACUGCUACAGAAGCUGAGAUCAAGAAAGCUUACUACAUAAAGGCACGCCAAGUUCAUCCAGACAAGAACCCUAAUGAUCCUCAAGCUGCACACAAUUUCCAGGUUUUGGGAGAGGCCUAUCAAGUGCUAAGUGAUUCAGGACAACGCCAAGCUUAUGAUGCAUGUGGGAAAUCAGGGAUCUCCACUGAUGCAAUCAUCGAUCCUGCGGCAAUAUUUGCAAUGCUAUUUGGCAGCGAACUUUUUGAAGAGUACAUAGGACAGCUUGCUAUGGCAUCAAUGGCUUCACUCGAUAUCUUCACUGAAGGGGAUCAGUUUGAUACCAAAAAGAUACAAGAAAAAAUGAGGAUUGUCCAGAAAGAAAGAGAAGACAAGCUUGCUCAGGUUCUCAAAGACCGACUCAACGAAUAUGUGAUAAACAGAGACGAAUUUAUCAGUAACGCUGAAGCUGAAGUAGCUAGACUUUCAAAUGCAGCUUAUGGUGUGGAUAUGUUGAAUACAAUUGGGUAUAUAUAUGUAAGACAAGCAGCAAAAGAACUAGGGAAGAAAGCUAUUUAUCUCGGAGUACCAUUCAUUGCUGAAUGGUUUAGGAACAAAGGUCACUUCAUCAAAUCUCAAUUAACAGCUGCAACAGGCGCAUAUGCUUUGUUCCAGUUGCAGGAGGAAAUGAAAAGGCAGCUAAAUACUGAAGGAAAUUAUACUGAGGAGGAACUUGAGGAAUACCUUCAGGCCCAUAAAAGAGUGAUGAUUGAUUCGCUGUGGAAGCUCAAUGUUGCUGAUAUCGAAGCCACUCUUUGUCGUGUUUGUCAGCUGGUUCUUCAAGAUCCAGAAGCCAAAAGAGAGGAGCUUCGUACAAGAGCAAGAGGGUUAAAAACUCUGGGGAGGAUCUUCCAGAGAGCCAAGACAGCUAGUGAGAGUGAUCCUUUAGCAAAUAAUGAACCUCAAAAAUUAAACGGAAAUGGAAGGGACGACCAUAAUGAUACAUCUACAUCACCAAAAUCCAAUGAAGCAUUUCACUCUACCUCUGGUCCUCAGGAACCACAAAGCCCCUACGUGGAAGAAUUCAAAAUUGGAGAUGAACAAUUCAACUAUUACUUCCCACGACCGGCGCCACCUCCUGGCGCAGGGAAACACUCUUCGACUGGCUAUGAUUGAUUCAGGUGAGAUCGGGGGUAUAUAUAUCAGUCUUAGCAAUAUUGCAGUUGUGUACCAUUAUGUAAAAUUAUUCCUUUUCUUUUGGUUUUGGGGGGAUUUAACGUGCAAUUGGCUUGUUAGAAGAAAAUGAUUGAUGUUGAAAGCACAUAUAAAAGCUCUUUUGUGAU